GAGGCAGGAGGCUGGAGCGAAAGCUGAGUGAAAGCUAAAGCAAAUGAUAGCCUCGGCUCCUCCUCCGUCCUUCCCUCUCUUCUCACACAGUCACACACACUCGCGCAAAAAGCCAAAAUGAAAAGAGGAAAGAGGAAAGCUGCGACUUUUUAACGUUCAAAGGCGGAGAUUCCCUCCUGUAGAGAGCCUCGACACGAAGCUUCCCCUGCAACACGAGCCACCGAGUUUCGAUACCUCUCACCGAUCCAAAACAGAGAUCUAAAGAUCAACGCACUGUGGCUUUAUGAAUCCGACGUUUCUGAUGCGAAGAAGAUGGGCGGAGUCACUUCGUCGAUUGCCGCGAAAUUCGCCUUCUUCCCUCCUAACCCGCCGUCGUACCAUGUGAUCAGUGACGAAUCCUGCGGCGGUCGGUUGAUUAUUCCGGAGGUGCCCAGGCGCGACGACGUCGAUGUCUUGAAGCUCCGGACCAGACGGGGCCAUGAAAUCGUGGCCGCCUAUGUGAAGCAUCCCAAGGCUACUAUGACUCUCCUGUAUUCUCAUGGUAACGCAGCUGAUUUAGGUCAGAUGUUUGAGCUCUUUGUAGAACUCAGCCUUCGUCUCCGCAUCAAUCUCAUGGGGUAUGACUACUCUGGCUAUGGACAAUCAACUGGCAAGCCCACUGAAUCUAAUACGUAUGCAGACAUAGAGGCAGCUUAUAAAUGCCUGAAGGAGCAAUAUGGAGUAAAAGAUGAGGAUUUAAUAUUAUAUGGUCAGUCAGUUGGAAGUGGUCCAACUCUUGAUCUUGCUUCCCGUUUGCCAAACUUGAGAGCUGUAGUUCUUCAUAGUCCCAUUCUUUCUGGGUUGCGAGUAUUGUAUCCUGUCAAACGAACAUACUGGUUUGACAUCUAUAAGAAUAUUGACAAAAUUGGCAUGGUGAAUUGUCCAGUCCUAAUAAUUCAUGGUACAGCAGAUGAAGUUGUAGAUUGGUCCCAUGGGAGGCAGCUUUGGGAGCUUUGCAAGGAAAAGUAUGAACCUCUCUGGAUAAAUGGUGGUGGCCACUGCAAUCUUGAACUUUUCACCGAGUACAUUAAACAUCUGAAGAAAUUUGUGUUGACCGUUGGUAAAUCAAAGGCUGCUACAAAUGGUCAUAAAAGAACAAAGAUCGAGUCUGAUCAUAAGAGUAAACCAGCUGAAAGAGCAACUUCAGAUGCAAUUGAAGUAGGCACCGACUACCCUGAGGUCUCUAGGAACAGCUUAGAUAGUCGACUAGAGAAGUCUAAAAAGUCAAACAAGCCUGAAAAAUCACGAAUGAGCACUGACCGUGUUGAUAGAUUUAGAAAAAAGGGUUUGAUCUGGUGAUUGCACAAAAUUUGCAUCUCAAAUAAGUUAAUGUGCGUCAAUUGCAUGAACAGGCAUUCCUUGUUUUGUUGUUGUUCUGUUAUGAUGCAUAUCUCUCAUGAAAUUAUCAGUUCAAGCAUAGUAUGCUUUUAGGUUUCAAAAGGCGUCAAUUAUUGUCAAAGAUCAGGGACUGCAAUUCCAUGUAUACAAACUCAGUUGAAUUUUUUUGUUUGUCUUUAUGGGGCCAUUGCUUGGUGUAAUUAUAGAAUCUCAGGCUGACAAGUCUGAGAAUGUGGGUUCAACUGUUUAAGUCUGAGAGUGGCCACUCUGUGAAAAUGCCAAAGGUUAGGUCAGUAUCCAGUCUGCACCUCUCAAGACCCGAGAUAGGUGGGACAAAUGUUAGGUAAUUACGUUUUUUAAUGGCAAGUAAAUACAUAUCAUGAAGUUAGCUCUCCUGAUGGGAGAGCAAACUUGUAAUUUGGCAGAUAGCACUGCUGAAAUGAUGCAUCCAAUGGGACUGAAGGUUAAAAUUUGUAGUAUCUGAAUAUGGAGCAGCUACUGGAGUACUAGUUUGGCACUUUGGCCAUUGUUUUUUUUUUUUUUUUUUUGUAAUAUUGGAGUAGGGAUUUGGCACUUGGUUCUAGAAGAUUUCUCAUGUUCCUGUUUAUUUGAAAUGACCAUGACGUUCGAAUCA